UUCUCUCGGCAACGCCUCUCUCAACGCUGCGUAAUGGCGGUCCUCGCCCCUCCUCCUGGUCGGCUUCUGUCUCUCGACGAUAAUCAGCUGAGCUACUCCUCGUCGAGUGACUGGCGAGACAAAUAUAAUGAGGUCGCCGAUAUGCUGGCAGAGACCCGUGCCGAGCUUGACGAGUUUCAAGUCGCCAGCAGAGAACUCGAAGCUGAGUUGGAGGCUGAACUCCAAAGGAAUGAGAAGGUUCAACAAGACCUCAGGGUUAAGGUUGCCCGCACGGAAAAUGAGAGAGAUGACUGGAAGGCAAAAUUCAUGUCCCUCCAAACUACUCACAACACUGCGACCGCAACUUUGCAGCGGGAACUGGACACCCUUCGUCAACAACACCAGCAAACUAAGAUUCAGUUGCGGGAAUUGGAAAUGGGAAAUGACGAUCUCGAGCGAAAUGAACGCGCUGUUUCGUCCAGUUUGGCUGAUAUAGAGGGCAAAUACUCGAAAGCAUUGGAGGAAAAGAUACUCCUCGAACAUGAACUUCUUGAUAAAGCCAACCUUGAGGAGGAAUGCCAGCGAUUGAAGGAUGAAUUAAGAGAUGCCAACGUCGAAAUUUCUAUUUUGAAGGACCAAAUAUCAACUCAGUCCUCUUCUGACCUCAUCUCCAUUGCUCCAUCCACCAGCUUCCAACAACUCACCCCUCAUUCAGAGGACGACCUCCUCAACACUCCCGCGCCCACUGAUCUCCAACUUGAAGAUCUCUCGCCAAGUUCAGAGAGCUUACCUUCGGUCGAGACAACCCCUCGAGCCAAAUCACAUUCCGCCAUAGUUGCUCGGUCUGGAGCUGCUCCCUACAAGUCCAACAUCCCUACACCACCCUCAACUUCCGGCAUUGCCCGGUCUACCACACUCCCUUCUCUAUAUAGCUCAAGUCCACGAUCACCUCUCUAUCGUCCUACCACCGCUCGUAAUCCGUCUUCGAUGAGCACUAAUUCUACAUCUAGUACUGCGUCCAAAAGUAAGGGCGUUCAAAUGGUUUCAGAAAUGCGUGCUCGCGUCCGUGUGCUUGAGCAGAAGAUUCACACUCGUGUCCCAAGAUUGCGGAUGGGCAGUCUGACGGGCAAACCUGGGGCUAACUCCCUCGCUGCUUCUACGAUGACUAAUGGCUCCAAACCGUCUGUUCGUACAAGCUGGGAAAGCUUGACAUCAACAAAUCGACGCAGCGUCGAUCAACAACGGCAAAGCAGCGAAAGUGAAACCGACAAGAAGAGCAAACGUGAUUCAGCUGGAUGGGUGCUUAUCAUGGAGGAUUCACCCAGUCCACCUAAACCCAAACCAGGUGAACGAAGGAGAGCUUCCAGUCCUUUGGGUAUCACCCCAUUCCGGCCAACCGCCUCGAUCUCGGUGCCUUCUCAUGAAUCAAACAACACUUCGAACCCACUUGCGCAAAGUGCGAUGCCCUCUUCUGGUCUCAAACGACCACAAUCACGACUAUCAAGUGGAUCAACCACCAUAUCCAUUCCUUCUUCCUCCUCAUCUUCAUCACGACCAGCCACACCGACCUUUUUACCUAUUCCCUCUGGUGGCCUGCACGCCCAUACCCCAGGGAUAGGAAUGAAAAGAUCUACCGGCCCUGCUGCUCCCAACCCGUAUAAUGUGAAACGGUCUUCUUUGGGAGCCAGCACAGCGGUCAAACCUGAAUCGAAAGAACGACCUACGACUAUGCCUCCCCCGCCCCGACCAGCAUCAGGGACGCCAUUCUCUUUGGCAGCAUCGCAAUACGAUAGGGGAAAGAAUCUCCCACAGAUACCCAGCUCGAUGUCUAAUGUGACUGUUCGAGCCCCGCGGUCGGCAGCCUUGUCGCAAAGUCGAAUAGGUCGACCGAGCAGUACCAGCGGCCGAAAGAGUGCUGCUGGAGAGUCUGAAACGGAAACGCGUCCAAGAUCUGGAAGUGCGGCGAAGUAG